GGUUAGAUACAGUGGGACAGAAAACAAAGAGAAUGAGGCCAGAGUGAAGCAUCAUACUCGUUUGUACAGUAGAGUAGAGGAGUAGAGGAUCUCUGUAGUGGCUGACCUACAUGUGACCUGAUGAAUAUUAAUCCACUCACACUCACAUCUGUAAAAUCUACUCUCACAUUAAUAAUUUGAAUGUUUUCAUCGUCUCAGAGAGCUGAAGAAGGAACCAGUCCUGUCUCCUACUGAACGACGUUCCUCACAACUAAACUACAUCUCUGUUAUGUUGAGGGAAACGUAUCGAAGACCUGCUGCCAGUGAUGGUGUCAAGUUAAAUUCUUUGUUUUCGGAAUAAAUGACCGUUGACUGUCAUUAAAGUAACUCAUGACAUCAUCGCUGUCUUGAUUGACAUGAGUGUUUGAGCCAAUCACAGUCAGCCGUAGUGGUUUCUGCUUUCAUGCUCUGCCAGGACUCCACCCAAACACUCACUGAAGGUCACAUAUAGAUCUCUGAUUGAAACACACACACACACACACACACACACACACACACACACACACACACACAUACCUUCAAACAGUUUAUAUAAAGAGAGUAAAACAGUCCACUCCCUGAACAUACUCUGACUAACAUCACACUGAACUCUGACCAGCCUUAUCAGAGAGAGAGAGAGAGAGAGAGAGAGAGAGAGAGAGACAUAAGGGAAAACAGAGGAGAGAGAGACACUGAGACAUGGAACACACUCCGACCCAAACCAUCCACCUGUAGAGCUCGACCGACAUGUCUAAAGCGACGGUGAAGAAGCUGCACUGGCGCUCCAAGGUGCAGGAGAGCUUCGUCCCGCUGGGCGGCGGCUCAGGAGAGCUGGGUCUGGCCAUCGGGGGCGGGGCAGACUACGGCGAGUUCCCUUUCGUCACUGCGGCUCACGGGGGCGGGGCCACUGUGGGCGACAUCAUCUUAGAGAUCGGGGGGACGCCCGUGUUAGGCAUGACCCUCGGUGAUGUCAGAGGAGUCCUCAACUCCUGUCCUCAUCCAAUCAGAAUCAAGACGGUCUCACCAGGUUCGUCCCUCUGUAAGGACCUCAGGUUGUACCUCAGUAAGUGUUUCACUCCGGGCUCCAUGGACAGUCAGCUGCAGCAGCUCAUCAGAGAGAACCUGUACCUGCGAGCUGUCCCCUGUACGACGAGGCAGCCUCGGGACGGGGAGAUCUCAGGUGUGGACUACAACUUUGUGUCCAUCGAGGAGUUUUUCUCUCUGGAGGAGUCUGGAGCUCUGUUGGAGAGCGGCAAAUUCAAAGGCAACUACUACGGGACGCCCCGGCCGGUCCACAUCGGUCCAGAGAGUCCACCAAUCACGUACCAGGAACACCGAAACCUGCUGAGGAACUUCAGGACGAGAAGCAAGUCUCUGAGUAACCUGGAGAAGGCUGUGGAGGAAGGAGACAACAGUGAAGAGGACAGCGGCCUGUCAGCAGGUUCAGCCGGAGUCCCGCCCACCAUCCUGCCUCUCAGCCAAUCGUGGGAGUCGACGGUGGGGAGUCGGGAAGGAAUAGAGAACGGAGGAGUAGGAGUAAGAGGAGUAGGGAGAGGAAGAGGAGGAGGAGUAGGAGGAGUAGGAGGGGGAGGAGGAGGAGGAGAAGGUCCGCUGCCUGAAAACUGGGAGCUGGCGUUCAGUGAUUCAGGAGAGCCGUACUACAUUGAUCAUAACUCAAAGACGACCAGCUGGCUGGAUCCUCGAACUCAGAGCAAAGAGUCGACUCCCUUUACAGAACUCCCAGAGUUCACGGAGCAGCCCAGUCAGCUGAAGGGUUACUCCAUCCACACUCGGCUGUCUAAAGGUCCUCGAGGUUUCGGCUUCAACAUCGUCGGAGGAAGUCGACCCAGAGAGUUCCUCCAGGUGUACAGCGUCACACCUGGGGGACCGCCAGCACUCAACACAGCGGACAUCCUGGUCUACAUCAACGACAGCUGUGUGUUGGGUCGCUCUCAUAAAGAGGUGGUGGAGAUGCUGAAGUCGGUGCCGAUGGGUCAGAGCGUGGACGUGGUGCUGAGGAGAGGAUACCCGAUGCUGUAUAACCCCGACGGAUGUCCCAAACAGAGUCUGGACACGCCACAGACUCGCAGCGAGCCCCCCAACAUCAACCGUGGCCUGACACACCUCACCUAUAGUCGGACGCUGGACGCCAACGGCAGCACGCCAGGACAGGGCCAAACCCCGCCCUCCUACGCUGCUCAGCCAAUGACGAACGGGCUGACGGGCCCGCCGACGCCCAUUUCCCCUGACCCCCCACUGGGUCCACCACCCCCUCCAGAGAGGACAGGCGCCAUCAAUCACAGCGACUCUGAUGGCGGCCUGUCCAACGCUGGAACACGAAGGUCUUCUCUGAUUCGCUACAACAGCAGCACUCUCCCCGCCCUCUCCUCCUCCUCCCUCCACCAUCAGAGCUCCAAGUCCUCUGAGAGCGACCUGUCUACGUCGACGCUCCCCAUAUCCUUCUCCACGCUCCCCAUCACCUCCUCGUCCUCCAACGCUCUGUCCAAACUGCCCCUCUCUCAGCCAGAGACGGGCCUCCUCCUCCAGACCUCCACAAGCCCCACCGCCACUAACAACCCCACCUCCUCCUCCACAACUCCUCCUGGCGCUCCUGUGCAGCGCCCGCCGAUGCCCCAGACUUCCCUCGCCCCCCUGACUCCACCCAGAGACGUUCCGCCAUGCGGCUUUAAUGGCUGUCCAGCCAAUCACCAGGCGCCCUCCCCGGCCUCCAGAGGAAACCCGGGGCUGGUUCUCCCCGUUGGGGCGGCGGCGGCGCCCGGGUCAGCUCCUGGUGGGGAGCUUGUACCGGUGGCCCUCGGGCGCAGUGAGAGUGGGGGGCUGGGGUUCAGCGUGACGGCGGGGGGGCAAGGUGGUCAGGUGGCGGUGGUGAGGAGGGUCUGGGAUCGAAGGCACUGCCCCUCGCUGCAAGCGGGGGACGCUAUAGUGAAGAUCAACGGAGCAGACGUACAGAGCCUCAGCUUCUCCCAGGUCCAGAGAGUCCUGCAAGAACACACCAAACAGGGAGAGGUGGUCCUACUGGUCUACAGAGGAGGUCCCAUGUGUUCCCCAGUCGUCACCCCCAACUUCUACAAGGCCCUCCCCUCCCCACACGGCCUGGCCACCCCCUCUUCAUCCCACCCGCCGACUUCAGCCAACUUGCCUUCCCCGUCCACGGGUGCCUUGGUGGGGGGCGUCCCCCCACUCAGCCAGGCUGGCUUGGUCCUGGAGAGUCCCCAGGAGGGGCAGCUACCAGUCCCAGGGACCCACCAAGGGCCCCCUCCAGCCCAGACGCCAAACGGGCCCCCAGCCUCGGCCCUCAUCCAGAGCACCAGCUUCCUGGACUCGGUUCCUGUGGCGUUGACCUUAGAGCCACGUGACCUGCUGGGAGUAGAGGAGAGCGCCGGCGGGCCUCCUCCCGUCAGAGGGGGAGGAGCCCUGGGAGCAGUAGCCAAGGAUGGAAGAGGAGGAGUAAAGACGGUGGAGGUGGAGCUGAGGAGGCGGGUGGGAGAAGGCUUCGGAUUCGUCAUCGCCUCUCAGGAAGUGACCAAUGGGGCCCCGUCCCUGAUGUCUCACCGCUUCGUGACGGUGCGUCGCGGCAGCCCGGCGGCUCGCAGUGGCCAGAUUCAGCCUGGAGACCAGCUGGAGGCGGUGGAGGGGCGAGCUGUCGGAGGUCUGCAGCAUCGAGACCUCGCCCAGAUCCUGAGGAGAGCCGGGAACACGCUGAGACUGAGCAUCACGCCACGCCACCAGGGAGCAGACCUGGAGAUUGAUGGACGGCUGAUGAAAGGAUCCAGAGGGAGGUCAAAGGAUGAGUCCAGGUUCUACAGCGUGGAUCUGGAGCGAGGUCCUACAGGGUUUGGUUUCUCUCUGAGGGGGGGCAGCGAGUACAACAUGGGACUGUAUGUACUGGGACUGAUGGAGGGGGGGCCGGCCCAGCGCAGCAACAAAAUACAGGUGUCGGACCAGCUGGUGGAGAUAAACGGAGACAGUACAUCAGGGAUGACUCACAGUCAGGCUGUGGAGCAGAUCAGGAGAGGAGGACAUCGGAUCCACCUCAUCCUCAAGAAGGGAAACGGAUACGUGCCCGACUACGGCCCUGAGGAAGGAGCCCUCUCCCCCUCCUCUUCUUCACACACAGAGGAGCAAGAUGUGGAAACAGUGACCAUGACAACCGCCUCCCUCAGCCAGCAGCGGGGAGGAGGAGGCGCCACAGGAGGAGGAGAGGGGGGAGGAGAGAGGAGGAGGACGAGGAGAGAGGGAGAAACCAAACAAAGAACAGGAGGAAGAGGAGGAAGAGGAGGGGAAGGGCCUCCUGAUCUGGACCUGGACGUGGUGGAGGAGGAGGCACGGGAGGAGGAGGAGGAGGAGGAGGAGAGGAGGAGAAGAAGUCAGACUGUCAGACAGAAGGAGAAGCGGCAUGAGCAGAGGGAGCAGGGGAAGAGGAGCAGGAGCUUACCCAGGAUCAGUGCUCGAUCCUGGGACACGUUGAUGCUGCCGGAGGGGGUGGAGGUGGAGGAGUCUGGAGGAGGCGUGAAGGAGAGGAGGAGGAGGAGCGAGACGAAGAGCAGGAGCAGGGCGACAGAAACCGACAGGGAGGAGCAGAAGAGGGGAGAGCGGAGAGACGACAGCACCACCACCCGCCACGCAAAGCAUUCUGGGAGCUCAGGUGCAGCUCAGAAGGUAGCGUUUUCCUUCCUCAUGCCGAUGGACGAUGACGAGCACCAGCGUCUGUCUGACAGCGAAUCAGCAACCAGCCUCUCAGAGGUCAGCCUAUCAGCAGCCAGCAUCGCCACAGCGGGGUGGCGGGAGGAUUCUCAUUGGAGGAGAGCAGAGUCGCCGUGGCAACAGGGGAAUGCCCCGGGCCCCUGGUUGAAGCCGAGCCCGCAGAAACUGACACAGGUUCUGGUUGGCAGUCGGCGCGGUGGGCGGGAACUAGCCGGCGGGCUCUCUCUCUGAUUGGCUCACAGCGAGGGCAUUCUCGUUUUUCAUUCGCUGAUUUUUUUUUUUAAGGCUACUUAUAAGGGCUUUUUUGAUUGGCCUGCUGAGAGAAGACCCACCUCUUCCUGCGUCUUAUUGGAUGACAGCAGACAAUUAAAGCAGACAAGUACUUCAUUUUGAUUGGCUGGUGGGUGGGUUUUGAGGCCUCUGAUUGGCCAAUGACAUAACAGGUGCGCACACAGCCGUCGAAUUAACAAUGUUAUUUUUAUUUUACCCAUCAUCCCUCAGUGCAUCCUGAGACCUGUAUCACGGCGCCAGAUGAGUGCGUUAUCUCAGACUCUCUGGUAUCACGAUGCUGGGUAGAUCAGGGUGGUAACAGGGCUACAUCACCAUGGUAACAGAUGCUAGCCUGGUUAACUCCAGAGGAUCAGAUCAAAAGCUGUCGACAGCGACAACAAACCAAUCAGAUCACUGACGGUUUAUAAUAAAGAGACAAAUAACAAAGAGCAAUAUUUUUAUAGGUCAGGAGAAUCUGAGAUCAAACGGCUAACAGAAAGAUGGAGAUUUAUAUUAAUUAUGUCAUUUAAAUAAGUUUAUUUUAUUCCGGACAAGAAUCCUGAAAGUGUAUAAAUAUCUUUUACACUCUUUUUCCAACGCUGCAGCAGUUAUACAUCUUUUCAGACUCAAUAACAUAAUGAUUGGAACUAAUAAUAUAUAAUAAUCAGGCUGAUAUCGUGGUGUCUGAACCUCUUCAAUACCUUUUAAAGAACAAAAUAUCAGGGAGUAAACAGAACAGUAGAGACAAAAGAGAGACUCUGUAGCUAACCCUAACCUACGUCACGGUGUUAGCUGAAGGCUAACACUAGCAGUGGGCUAAAGUUACACAUCUAAAAUGUCAUCUUGCUGUGUUGUUGGGCGCCAGAAUCGAGAUCGAGAACCAGCUUCAUGAUACCAGCGAUCAGAAUCAGAGUCAGAUGAAGUCCGUGUGAUACAGGCCCUGCUCAUCACCUUCAUCCUCCUCCUCAUCAUCACCUCUCCAACUUUAAACUCGUAUGCAAACAACAUGAGAACCUUUUCAGACGCUGUUCUGUGAUUCUGUGUAUCUGAGCAUGUGAAUAUCACUGGAAUGAUUUUUUAUUUUUAUAAGCUGAACAUGUAAAGGCUCAAUGACAUUAUUAUUAUUAUUAUUAUUAUUAGAGAUUAAAUAGACCAGAGAUGAUCUGAUUUGCCUGCUUGCUUGUAAAAAAGAAAAAAACUUUGCCCUGAUGAUGUAACAGAGCCAUAACACACACACACACACACACGCACGCACACACACACACAGUUCAGGUCCAGCUGUGGUCCUGUUGGCUGUCAAUAACCAUAGCAUCGCCACGGCAACUCGGCCAGCAGGAUGACCUGUUUCUAUAGCAACCGCCAUGGUGGAGCAAGACACUAGGACAUGCAGCUCUAAAUCAUAACAAGUGCCUCAUUUUAUUUCAGCCUUCGUCCUGCAGACCGACAGCCACGCACCACACCCCGCCACUUCCUGUUCACACCCCGCCAUGUCCCGUCACGUCUCAUCAGACAACGCAAAGACCCCUGGUCCCACACUGAGCUCCAGGCUCUCCUGUACUGACUGUUUUUAUAUUUGAGAGUUGAGGUGUAGACCCACUCCCAGAGACACAGCGACCUUCAUGUCAUGGUUGAAGUUAGGGCCGACACUAAUUUGAUUAACCUGCCAAUUAUUUAAUUUUAUCUAUAAAAUAUCAGAAAAUGUCUGUUAACAAGGUGAACCAACAGUCCAAAGAAAUUAAUUAAUGAUCAAAUAUAACACAGAAAAGCAUCAAAUCUUAAACAUAUUAAAGAAGCUGGCACCAGAGGAUAUUUGUCAGAUUAAUUUUCUGUUGAUCGACUAAUCGAUGAGCUUUAGAACUGACAUUUUUCAUGUCUGUAUUCAGCCAAAGAUCAUCUGUGUGGGAAGAAGCUCCACUCUUAGCGUUUCUGUAGUUCCAACAACUCCAACAGCGUGAGACCUCUUCUCUUUAGAUGAUCUCUCUUCUCCAGCUAAACUUUCAUUCAUAUCGGAUCAAGAUGAUCAGUUUUAUAUUUACAUACAUUUAGGUCAAUAUACGUAUGUGAUCGGACUCUGUAUCAGCAGGUUAUCAAUAUUAAAGGACUACAGGGCCACUGGGACGUCCCAAUGCAUUACUGUAGUUUACAUUGUUUAAUUUAAUACUAAAAUAAAAAUGUAGCAUGUAAAGAUGUUGAACCUAAAA